CGUCACUGCUCCACAUUGAGCUAGCAGAGUAGUAGUGAGUGAGUGAGGGAGAUAGAUAGAGGCGCGCGGUUGUAAAGUACACACUGCCAUGAAGUUCUGUCGGUAACUCGAUUGUUGUUGCUGCAUUUAGGAGGGGAAAUCUAAACAGCUGUUAUUCUGGUAUAUUUUUGAGAGAAUAACAAUACAUAAACUCUCCGGAAAAGAUAUUUCUACACUUUUUGGCGAGAGCGAUGUCGUCCGCAGCAGUUGCUGCUUCGAGAAGGCAGUCCUGUUAUUUAUGUGACUUGCCCCGCAUGCCAUGGGCUAUGAUCUGGGAUUUUACCGAGCCCGUCUGCAGGGGAUGUGUUAACUACGAAGGAGCCGACCGUAUCGAGUUUGUGAUUGAAACCGCUCGGCAGCUAAAGCGCGCUCAUGGCUUCCAGGAGGGGAGGUCUCCGGGGCCAGGGAAAGCGCAGCUCUCCGGGAAAGAGAUUCAAUCCCUCAACCAUGCGGCUGGGGAUCCCGUAUCGCGGCCACCGCAGCCCCUGGAUCGCUAUCCGCUCACCUCCGAUCGGCCGCCGAGACUGGGUCCAGAAUUUCAGUCAGGACGGCAGGCUAACGGCAUUCCUGUCCCGAACGGAUUCCCUAAACCAGACGAUCCCCCGGAGUUGAACCGACAGAGCCCCAACCCGCGCAGGGCUAGCACGGUCCCUCCAAAUUUAGUGCCUUUGGUUAAUGGGAACAUUCCCCCUGUGCACGCGGUCAACGGCAGACCGCUGAUACUCCCGUCCGGUCUAACGGCGCCGAGCCCGAUGGAGCUCAGCAGCAAGCGGCCAGCCUCCGUCUCCAGCACGGAGCACGAAAGGGACGUAAAGGAGAAACACAGACCGGACAGCUUGACGCCGGAGAUCGAGGGGCACAAGAACAGGACAGACGAGUGGAUGAACAAGGGCAAAACAGUCAGGGAUUUAAUGGCGCUUCACACUUUCGACAGCAGGUUCAAGAAGGACCACGCAGCCAUGCAGCAGAGGGCAAUGGCAUAUGAAACAAGCGCCACACCUUCAAAACAAGACAGAGGAAAGCACCCCCGGACAAACAUGAAGAGGAAAGCCUCGCCGGAGCCCGAAGGAGAUGGCGCCCCUGUGAAGCUCAACGGCGAGGUUCAACAGUGGCUGCCUCCCCCAGCCGAGGUGCUGAAGAUGUCGAACGCGCAGCCCCCAAACUUCGCCUCUCCGCCCUCCACGAUAUCCCCCCAUUCCCGCACCACCCCUCCGGAGGCCGCGCAGAACGGCCAGUCCCCCAUGGCGGCGCUCAUCCUGGCGGCGGAUAACGCCGGGGGAAACAGCUCGCCCAAGGACGCCAACCAGGUGCACUCCACCACGCGCAGGAACAGCAGCAGUCCCCUCUCGCCGUCGUCCAUGAACCAGAGGCGGCUGGCGCAGAGGGACGCGGCCGGUGCGGGGACGCCGCACGUGCCGGGCAUGGAUCAGGUGCAUGCGCAAAGCAUUCCGGACUCCUCCGUACCUGGCAGCAUACCCCUGUGCUGCACCUUGUGCCACGAGCGCUUAGAGGACACGCACUUCGUGCAGUGUCCGUCGGUUCCGUCGCAUAAGUUCUGUUUCCCCUGCUCCAGGGAGAGCAUCAAGCAGCAAGGGGCCACCGGGGAGGUGUAUUGUCCGAGUGGAGAGAAGUGUCCCUUAGUGGGCUCAAACGUUCCGUGGGCUUUCAUGCAAGGUGAAAUAGCCACCAUACUCGCGGGAGACGUGAAGGUAAAAAAAGAGAGGGACCCCUGAUUUUAUGAUUUUUUUUUUUUGGAGAAAACAAAAAUAUAUACAUAAAUAUAAAUCACAUGCAUACCAUCCAAACAAAACUAACGGACUUGUAUAUAUUGGACACAAGGGGAGUGUAUACUUUGUAAACAUGGCUGUAUAAUUUUUGAUUUUUGAAUACAUUGUGUUUCUAUAUUUUUGAAGAUAAAGGUAUGUACUCAUUAUAAUGGAAUACUUUUCCUCCUUUUGUUGAUGUUAAAAACGAUUUCUUGAUGUAUUUUAGGUCUGGUGACCGUUCCCGUUAAAUGUAGAAUGUGACUAAUGCUACUCUAUGAGCACUUAGCAAAACUGAAAUGCUUCUAGCUGUACUUGUAUGCACUUGUUUAAAAAUGCCAAAUACAAUUUCUGACCUUGUAAUAAUAA